ACCUGACACAGCAAGACAGCAGCCAUUCCUGAACUAAACUGACUGAGGUAGAGAUGGAGUACUCCACCAAAACUCUUGCUGCUGGCUGCUUUGGGAAGAUCUACAGGGAGAAGUACAAUGACACCUGGGCUGCAAUCAAGAAGGUGCCACAACACUUAAUCAAUAGGAGAGACCUGGAGAGAGAGUGUCAAGUAUACAAUAAGGCAAUUCAUCCUAACAUAGUGAAGCUUCUGGGUAAUCCAACACUCAAGGACUCUAAGUGGAUCAUCCCCAUGGAGUUCAUCUUUGGAGAAGAACUGGAGACAACCAUCUUCAAAUCACAACAAUCUCAAAUACAGUUAACUCCAUCUGUAAAGGCCACCAUCAUCACAGGCAUGUGUGAAGGACUACUUCACCUACACAGCAAAGAUAUCGUCCAUCAGGACCUCAAGCCUGAGAACAUCAUGGUAGAGCAUGAUUCUCACAGAGCUGUGAUCAUUGAUAUGGGACUGGCCAAAUUCUUCCGCAAUGGCCUAAAUUCUGCUGUGGAUAUGGGCAACGAGGCCUACUCUUCCCCUGAGGUCCUGCAGAGGCGGGGCCAACGAGACCAGCGUUCAGACGUGUGGGCUAUGGGUAAAAUCAUUGCUGAACUCUGUGCCAGAGUCAGGCUGCACACCCCUAGUGUCUGUCCGGCUAUGAUCUAUGAGAUCCUCAGUCUCCAAGGACAGCAGUACUGUAAUGCUGUCUGUAGGAUGGUGCAGAGCGACCCCACAGUGCGAGCCACCAUGGCCGGGAUCAUGCCAGAGAUGCGAAGGGCAGGGGGAGGUGGCAACACCGGGGAGCAACAAAGAGGACAUCUUCCGACACCCUUUCCUCACACUGAGGUAAAAGACCCAUCGCCACGUCCUCAUGCUCCCCCGCUAUCAAGAGCUGAGUGCACAGCCUUGCCAAAGAUUGAGGUCAAGACGACACUGCAACCACAACCCAUACAGCGGUCACCUUCCCCGGCAAGAUGGGAGCAUGCAGCCUUGCCAAUGACUGAGGUCAAGAUGACACUGCAACCACAACCCGUACAGCGGUCACCUUCCCCGGCAAGAUGGGAGCAUGCAGCUUUGCCAAUGACUGAGGUCAAGACGACACUGCAACCACAACCUGUACAGCGGUCACCUUCCCCGGCAAGAUGGGAGCAUGCAGCUUUGCCAAUGACUGAGGUCAAGACGACACUGCAACCACAACCUGUACAGCGGUCACCUUCCCCGGCAAGAUGGGAGCAUGCAGCCUUGCCAAUGACUGAGGUCAAGACGACACUGCAACCACAACCUGUACAGCGGUCACCUUCCCCGGCAAGAUGGGAGCAUGCAGCCUCUCCAAAGCCUGAAGUCAAGAACUCACCAUCUCCCCUUCCAAAGGUAGACCAGGGUAAUGCACUGGUGGUUCCAUCAGGCAUGGUUCAACCCAGUCAAGAUGUCAUGAAACAACUUCUCUUCAAAGAGGCCCCAAAGGGUCUCCCAUGCCCACUCCCCACAACGGGAAAGGUGCGAAUCCGCCGCUAUGAGCAAAGGAAUGGGGAAGUGGAGACUUGGGAGCAAAAUGAGGUAGAGACUGAAGGAGGGAGGAUAGUCAAGUUUGAGAAUGUGAUGUUUAACAACAAGUCAUAAGUAGGUUAUUGAGAGGUUGUGAAAUAGUUGGGAAUUGAUUUGACUCUGCUUCUGAAAUAGAUGGGAGUUGAUUUGACUCUGGUCACUCUCCUUCCAUCCUUCAUUGUAAAAUUCUGACAUGUUUAUGGAGAGGGGGGAGAGUAUAUUUGGGAGGUGGGAUAAACUAAUGGAAGAAUUCUAAUGUCCAGAGAAACUAUACCGGAUGUAUUGUGCCUAAAAACAAAGCGACACAAUAUCCCACUACGU